AAUGGGCAGAGGAAGAGAAAGGAAACACACAAAAUAAGGAAGAAAUUGGAAGGGAGCUCAUGGAAAAUUCAUGUCUUAGGAGGAGGUUUGCUAGUCUCUCCCUCUCUCUAUCUCUAUAUUUAAUUUCCUUUUUGGUAAAUUUAUUUUUUAUUUCCCAACUCUUUAACAUUUUCAAUUUUCUUUUUUCUCUUACUUUCUGCCCAUUAAACAAUGAAAAUGGCAUAUUACCAAUCAUCCUUUCCCCUCUAUAGGAAACACCCAUCAUUGCUCCCAACAAUCCUUUUCAACCUUAGAAACCCGAGCUUCUAAGAUAUUCCCUCCCUUCUUUUUCUUUCUUGUUUUUCAUUUUCUUGUGCCUCUCGUCUCUCAAUUUAAAUAUCACCCAUCUUUAUAACCAUUUCUCUCCUCUUCUCACCUUGUUCACUCUUUCUAUAUUACCAUAUCCCUGAGGUGUUCGUCUCUAUGAUGGAUCCUUCCUCUACAAAUUCUGUCAAUGGUUUCUACUCCUUUCUCACUAGAGGGAUCGAUGAUCUUGAACGUGUUUAUCUCUCUAACAACUUCAUGUCAAUCCAAUUCCUUCAAAGGGUUCUUUCUUUGUUAAGAUCUUUUCAUUCCCAGUUGACCUUGCUGGUCCAAAAACUUCAUUUGCCUGUGGGAGAUAAGUGGCUUGAUGAGUACAUGGAUGAGAGUUCUAAGCUAUGGGAGGCAUGCCAUGUUCUUAAAUCAGGGAUGUCUGGAAUGGAAAACUACUACUCAGCUGGAUUCAAUAUCACUUCUUCUCUUGACAACCAUCGCCGUCUUAGUACCCAGCUAUCUCGCCAGGUAAUAAGGGCAAUUUCUGGAUGUCGAAGAGAAGCAGCGGGAUUGGAGGAGGAGAACAGAGCUUUAAUGGAAACAAGAAUCCAACCAUUAUCUUUGCGGUUCGAUGAGAAGGUGUCGAUUGAAUCUAAACUGAAUGGUUUCAAUGGGUUUCGAGGGGUACUGUAUGCAAUGAGAAACGUAAGUUCUUUACUUCUAAUGAUCCUGCUAUAUGGACUAGUGUAUUGUUGGCCAGAAUCGAGCUUUCUGCGAGGAGGGUAUGAAGGGUGCCUGUUUUUUGGAUCAGCUUUCAUGAUCUCAACAGCAAGAUUGCAGCAGAGGGUAGCAGGAGAGAUAAACCAGAUAAAUGGGAGGCCAGGGAUUUUGCUGUAUGAGUUUAGAAGAUCAAAGAUGGCGAUGGAGGAGCUGAGAGGGGAGCUGGAGAGGAGGUGUGGACAAGGCGUGGUGGUGGAUUGGGAUACAGAGGUUGAGAUGAGGGAAAGAGUGGAGAAUUUGAGAGGGUGUUUUGGAGUGUUGAGAUCUGGGGCCGAGAAUAUUGUUGGCCAGCUUGAUGAUUUCUUUGAUGAGAUCGUUGAAGGGAGGAAGAAGCUUUUAGACUUUUGCAGUCAUAGGUAGAAACACAGAGAUAGCAAGGUUGAAAAAUCUCAAAAAAAUACAAGAUAGAGGAAGCACUUGUUGGGGUGGUUCUGUUCUACCUUAGCCCAUUCUCCUUUUCUUUUCUUUUCUUUUUUAUUUUAUUUUAAAUUUCUUUUUUAUUUUUUAUUUUUCAUUUUGUUCUCCUUUUGUUUUUCUCUCCCUCGGUUCCUGUUCAUUACUACAGCUAUUAUAGCCUUAAAAUCUUUUGUGAAAACCCUUAAAGGAGGAAAAUUGAACAAAGAAGAAACUUAAACUUCUGGGUUGGAGAAGGGUUAAGAUUUGAGGGACAGUAACUGUAGUAGGCAGUGCCAACCAAGCUGUUCCUCUUUGGACAUGAACAUGAAACGGCAACUUCUUGGUUCUAUUUAUAAAUUAUAAUGGACAAAAGGAAUGGAAGCUUCUUUUUUUACA